AUGGUCGCAAAUGAUGGCUCGAUUUGGAGGAGACCGACACGACAUUUGACUACAAGGUCGUUCAGUGGCCAUGAUGACCAUGAUGGGCAUGACGGGGAUCAUCGCGGGGAUCAUGGCGGUGAUGGUGAUGGUGACGGUGACGGUGACGGUGAUGGUGAUGGUGACGGUGAUGGUGAUGGUGAUGAUGAUACUGAUAAAUAA